AAUAAUCCCUUGUCACAGCUCACUCGGCAGUCAGCACCAACUUCUUGUUAGGGUUUUCAGAGCGUGCGAGGAGCAAGAGACAGUGCGGUUUGCAAAUCCCAUUCGGAUGACCGAAACAACACACCAGAAGGUCGCUGGUCAUUCACAGAUUUUGGGAACUUAUUUUUGAAAUGGAAGACAAUGGAAUUAAGCAGCAGUCAAAUGCUUCAGCUGCAGGGGUUUAUGAAUUACCUGGAGAACCUGCUAUUGUAAUUAAUGGGGUGCCUGACAUAAUCCCUGGUGGCUGCACCAUUGCUCCCGGUAAUGCUUCAAGCAAGGUUGAAAUGCAUGCGCCUUCAGGUUUGGGUGAAUGGUUUGAAGGGAGGGAUGUCCAAAAGUGGUUUAUGGGAAGAUAUUUCUCAGGUAUGGUAACUGAUUUCGACAAAGAUUCUGGGUGGUACAGGGUUCACUAUGAAGAUGGUGACUCAGAAGAUCUUGAUUGGCAAGAGUUGGAAGAGGUGCUUCUUCCUUUGGACGUUACAGUUCCGCUCAAGGCAUUGGCACGGAGGAUUGUCAGAAAAGACAAGAAAUCUGUUCCUAAAUCUGUUAAGAAGGAAGCUGCUCAUUCACAAAAUCCCCAAAUCAAAAGAAGUACAACAAAAGGAAAGUAGAUCAUAGAUGAAAUUUUAGUGGUUUGUAGAUAUCAAUUGCAUAGCAUGCUGAACAGUUCUGAAAACGCUCAACUGAAAGAGCAAUUAAUUUAUUUUUUUUGUUAUAGCAGUGGGGACUGUUUGUUUUGUAGUUAGGGAAUUGAUCCCAAGGAGAAUUCCAAAGCUUGUUGUAGUGAUGAUUGAAAAUUGUUUUACCUGGUGAAUUACAUUACUAUAAUGGCAACAACAAGAUUUUCUAUGA